AAUCUCAUUCAAAGUCUGUCCUCGAACUUGACUUCAUCUGGCUGAUGAAAUAGUUUGUUGGAACUUGAGAAAGAAAUAAUAAUUAGGAUGGGAUCAAAUCGUAAACCUGGUAAAUUUAGGGAACUCGGGGAUGAGGAAUUACCCCGAUUGGAGUCCGCUUUGGUGAAACAUUUACCAAAAUCUAGCCAGGUUCUGAACAUUGUGAGACAAAAAAUCCUCCAACUUAUCAAAGAACCAACGAUAUCGGACGUGUUUCUCUACGAAGAUGACGAAGCUCAAGAUUUUGAUAAGUGGGGCGAUCCUUUUGUCGUUUGCAUCCAAAAAAAUAUCCAUAGUGAAUACUGUAUCCUAUUGCGUCAGCCUGAGUUAAUCCCCAUCAAUUCUGGAAUAAUGCAAGCUUUUGAAGAGUUAAUAGAGUGGGAUCGUACCCACAUUUUUGGAUCAAUUCCGCAAGCUUUUCUGGACUCUUAUUUGCGAGAAAUAUUGGAAAAGAAGGGCAUCAAGUAUAAAGACAAUCCGUGCGAUGCGCACGUCUUGGAUGUGGACACGGCAUUAAAAUAUGAUAAGGAAUAUACGUAUCAAGACAGCCACAAAGAUGAAAUUACAAUGAGCGUCUCCGCUAUCCGACAAAUUAACGCUGAUGUUGACCAAAUUUUGGAAAAUUACGACUGGGCACUCCCCCAUUCAAAGGGUCAUUUGUUCGCAACUAUUCACAAUCUGGGAUCCACGGGGGUAUACACGGUCACUCCAAAUGGCGAUCCUGACCUUGCCAGUUAUGCCGUUCACUCCCCGGUCGGACUGCUUCAAAUUCUGCACACGGAGGACGCCUUUCGUCGCCGUGGAUUGGGGAUCGUCGUCAUGAAGGCUUUGUCGCGAAAAGUGGCGGAACUGGGGCUAAUUCCGAGGGCAGAGUGCAUGGUGUACAACGACGCCUCCCGCCAGGUCCAGCUCAAAGCGGGGAUGGUUUUUGUGGACAAGAUCAACUGGAUACUGUGCCGGCAGGAGUAUGAUGUUAAAAAGUGGAAGAAAAUGAACUCCAAGUAAGUAUGGCGGAACAAAUAGACCGAUAGAACCUAAAAAUUCAAAAUUUGAAUAGUUUGUGGCAUAUGUAUCGUGAAAAUUAGUGGAAUAAAUAUUGGGAAUUAUAAA